ACACAAACCAGCUCAUGGAGUUUUGAGCUGAUUGUUGGUUUAUUGAAUAUUAAUAAUUGAAUAGUUUUGUUUUAUGACGGCACUACUAUGGUGACAUUCAACACGUUUCUUUCAUUUGUAUUACUUCUCAAGACUGCAGGGGUUGAUGGUCAAUACUCUGUUCAGGCAUUUUACAGUCCUCCAUAUGUUUGUGCAUUGAAGGGCUCAAGUGUAAAAAUAUCAUGUACUCUAAGACAUGAUACUGAUGAUGCGAUGAAAGAAGUCUCAUGGCACAAUACUGCUAGAGGAAUGCCUGAACUCUGUUUUAACAGGAUUGAGUGUCACAGUGAGACUAAAGACACUCACAUCAUCACUUUGACAAAUGUGACAGAAUCUGAUGAACAGAUCUACUACUGCAGCAUUGUAAGAAGCAAACAUGUAAUAAUGAAAGGGUUUCCUGGAGCUCAACUUGAUGUCACGGAUCUCCAGGUGGAGACACAACAGAGAGUGAAAGAGGGAGAUUCAGUCACUCUUACAUGUAAAACCACCUGCAGACUGACUAAAGAAACAACAUUCAUCUGGUACAGAAAUGGGCAGCGAUUAACUGAAGGAAGAUGUACAGUCAAACAGUUUCGCCUGCUGUCAGUCAGUCGUCACGAUUCAGGAUUCUAUAGAUGUGCUAUAAGAGGAUACGAACAUCUGUCCUCUUCCCCUUAUAAUCUAAAUGUAAGAUAUCCUCCUGAGAAAACUUCAGUCUCCAUCAGCCCUUCUGGUGUAAUAGUGGAGGGUGAUUCAGUGACUCUGACCUGCAGCAGUGAAUCAAAUCCACUUGUUCGGACCUACAGCUGGUUUAAGGACAAUAAAACCUUACCUGAAGAAUAUGGACAGUAUUACACCAUCACUAACUUUAGCUCCGGUCUCAGUGGAUGGUUUUACUGUGUGGCUCAGAAUAAACAUGGAUCUCAGAGAUCACCUGCUGUAUUACUCACUGUCAAAGGAAACACUCCAGCUGUGAAUGUGCUGACAGUUGCUGUGGUUCUGGCUGUUGUUAUGACAUCUGUCAUUCUAAUGGUUGCCAUAGUGAUGUUUAUCAGAAGAGAAAAAGUGCCAACAUUAGAGGAAGAAAAUAACAAAGAACAGAUGGUGGCACCAGAGGCAGCAUACAUGACCCUUGACCCCACAUCCAAAAGUGCUGAUUACGACACAGUGCAUGAUACUACGAUUAAAACCGCUGGUGAUCCAACAAGUGUCUCUCAAGCUCAGGAUCCAACGUAUUAUAACGUUGACAAGGAAGAGUGUUGGCCUUCAGAGAGGAAGUACAGAGUCACCGGAUGUGUGUGUGACAUGUUUCAGACAGAUGUCUCCACAGAACACAAUACAUCUGCUUCUUCACUCAUUUCAGGACAUACAUGUAUGAUCAUAGGAGACCACAAUAAAGCAAGAAUGUUUGCUCUUUUCUGUAUUAUUAUGCUGCUUGUGAAUCCAGGAAUGUGCAGCCACAAAUGGGCAGUCAAUUACUUCAACAAAAUGAAAUGUGCCCUUAAGGGCUCUACAAUAAUUUUGUCCGGCAAUUUCACACAACCCGAUUAUCUCACUCGAACUGAGAUAUUCUGGACUGUAAAUCCAGUUCGAGAAAAGAAGACGCCUGAUCUGUCUAUAGAACCAGAAUAUAAAGGCAGAGUUAAAUACAUUCUGAGUGACGACCAAAUCUUCAAUCUCACACUAUAUAAUGCGACAAAUGAAGAUGAAAAAAUGUACUGCGUCAGGAUCAUGACGGAUAAAGAACAUGAAAAAUAUCUGGGCUAUCCUGGAAUUGAGCUCAAAGUGACAGAACUCAAUGUGGAGGUUCCUGAAGAGGUCGUAGAGGGAAAUUCAAUAGUUUUGUUUUGUAAAACGACCUGCAACUUUUCAGAGAGCACAAAAUAUAGCUGGUACAAAAACAAAAUCCCUUUAUUAGAAUCAUUCAGUAGAAAAGAAAUGUUUCUGCAGCCGGUCAGCAGUGAUGAUGCAGGAGAAUACAGCUGUGCACUAAGAGAACAUAAAGAUCUGCCUUCCCCUGCUGUCAUGCUCAAUGUCAGAUAUUCACCAAAGAACAGCUUGGUGUCCAUCAGUCCAUCUGGUGUAAUAGUGGAGGGUGAUUCAGUGAAUCUGACCUGCAGCAGUGAAUCAAAUCCACCUGUUCACAUCUACAGUUGGUUUAAAGAGAAUCAAACAUCAUCUGUUGGAUCUGGACAGAGUUUCAUAACUCAACAGAAUGGAAACUUCUACUGUAUGGCUCAGAAUAGAUAUGGAUCUCUGAGAUCAGCAGUUGUGUCUGUUAUAUUUGCAGAUGGACGUAAAGUUUGGAACAUAACUGCAGGAAUCGUAACUGCACUUAUCUGCAUCUGCGUUGUUAUUGUAUUAAUAAGAAUCGUAAGGAGAAAAACAACGGAUACUGGAGUCAGUGACAGAUUAAAACAGUUAAACGUCAGCAUGACGGCGGCAGAUCAGAUACCUGCACAUCUCACCGCAUCAGCUUCAAAGCAAGUCAAACAGAAUGAUUUGUACGCAUGCAUUGCUCAUCAUAGACCCAGCGCAUCCAACAGAGAUCAGACUGCGGGAAAUGAUGAAGAUGUUCAGUACGCCAGUGUCCAUCGCUACCAAAACACAAAGAACAAUAAGGAAGAUGCUGAAUCUCACUAUGGAAAUGUUAGCAAUCACUAUCCUGCCGUUUCAUCCAGAUCUAAUGCUGGACUGGUGGAAGACUCCUCGGUCAUCUACAGUAGCAUUAAGGUCACAUAAACACAUCAUCCGAUGAAUUAAAACAAACUCCAUUGUGGAACUUUUCAAUUCAAUAAAUCAAAACAGCUUCGUGAUACAAGCACAAUAGAAACCCUUAUAAUCCCAUUGUUUUGCACAUGCAUAGGACAACAGAAUGAUGUGCAGCUUUACUUGACCACCAGCAGAGGGCGACAGCGCAAGACUUCAGUCAUGCAUCCACUUUUAUCACGUUUUUUAUGUAAAAGGCUUUUCAGUAUAGUUUUUUUUUAGUUCUGUGUCUUGUAAUGGUUUAUGUACCCUUAUUUGUAUAAUACAAAUUGUUCUUCAUUUAUGGAAAAAAAAUCCUUCACUCUUAUCACAUCUAGCUGAGACUUUCACUUUCAGACACAUCCCAUCAUUACGAGACUUCAUAGAAAACAACUCGAGAGACUAUGGCACUCAUUUAAUACACAAGAAUAAUAAAUGAAACAUAAACUGCACUAAAUGAAGUCGUAGGCCAUUUAUUUAAAAAAGGUUAAAUUAAGUAAAUUGGUUUCAUGGCUAGACUGCAUAAUAAAAUCACAAAUGUUUACUUUACAAUUAUUGUAAAACACUUGAUAUUUUCUUGAUAUCUCACACUUGCAGUAUAAACUUUGCAUACAUAUGAUGCUGGAGACAGAAUGAUGUUUUUGACACUCCCUUGCACAGUAUGUGAGGGUUUAUUUUUUAAAUCUUUGAGUACUGUGUAGAUCUGGUACAUUUAGUUGUGUUUGAGAAGACCGAUAAGUUUAUAACAUUUAUUUAAGACAUUCUUUGCAAUGUAUUUUUGAAGAUUUGAAUGAACCGUGUUGGAUCACACGAGUCUCAUAAUGGUGGUAGGCUGCUGUCGCUUUAAGAGCUGACGGGGAAACCUGUGACUUGCUCACCUAAGAUCAUAGAAAGACUUCAAAGUUUCACCUCUGGGCUUUAGAGGAAACAUGCUGCACAUAUGAAAAGCGAGAAGACACAUUAAACAAUAAAAGACAAGUGACAACCAAUACACAAUGAGUGUGUUAUAAUAGUUAAUCGGUUAUAGAUCUUAGAAAAUCUUAUCUGUUAUGAUUGCUUUCAUUACAGUUCACCUGUUGUCAUGUUUGUAAUGUUAGUCGUAUUACUAAUCUUAUUUACUGUCGUGUAGUGUGACAAAAUACUUCUGUCAAGAUAUGCAUACUUUCAUGUUGUUUUGCUGUCAUUUCCUGUGCCCCCCUUAGCUGCAGAGUGAGGAAAAAAGUCACUCAGCGUCACCUCAUCUUAAAAUAAAAGGU